UAAGAAAAUAAAAUUUACAAUUUAAUUGAAUCAUGAAAAUUGAACAAAGUAAAUAAAUGGAAAGCUAAAGAAAAGUGCAAGUGAAAAGUGCCUAUAAGAAGCAGAAAAUCAAACAGUCACACAAAAACACACACACACACACACACACAUAAAGAAAACGUCAUAUGCCAGAGGCAUUGACAGAAACAGGAGACAGUGUGGAAAAGCAUUUUGUGUAUCCUAUUUCUGUAAGCGAACAAACGCGUGUCCAUGCCCGUGCUGCUACCAGUGGUCGUAUCCUUAGAAGCAGCAGCAGCAGUAGCAACAACAACAACAACAACAACAAUAGCAAUUACACCAUGUAGUCGCCAUAAUGAUAGAUUUCAAAAAUAAAUUAACCAAAUUAUCGUAUACAACGUGCCACAGCUAAAAAAGAAAUCUAAAAAUAUAUAAAACACCAAAGACAACGCCAACGACAACGACGCCAACUUGUCGAAGUCAAAAGUGGAAGUCAAAUGUUGUUCAAGUGCCGCAACCAACUUUAAAUUAUGCAUGCACAUUGAUUUUCUAAAGCUCGUCCCCGUUUUCGUUUACCGUUUGUUGCUGUUCAUGUGGAUGGUUCUUUUUGUUAUCCUCAUCGGCAUAUUAUAAACCAUCGUCAUCGUCGACACCAUCAUCAUAAUCAUCGACGCUAGCAUCAUCCAGAGCAUCGUCAGCCUAUUGGCAAUUUCGUCUGUUGUCGCAUGUUAUCAGCGGAACUGACGCCGUCGUCGACGGUGUUGUUGAAUGCAAGUUAUCAGCCCUCGAACGGCCUAACAAAAGAUGAAGUUUUCCUUUCAACGACAACAUAUGAAACGAGUAAGCCCCCAGGAGCUACAACAACAACCGAAGCAGCAGCAACUGGAACAACAGCAACAACAAUGACCAAGCAAUUGACAAGUACAACUGCAACAAAUGCUGCAUCUAGCAUAACACAAGCUGGCAAUUUGGCGCCCACAGUUGUAUCGCCCACAAGUGGCACAAAUCUUGAAGUAGGAACCGCACCCGGAACUGCAACGGGCACAGAGACUGCGGUGGGCGUUCUUGUAGGCGGAGUAUCAGCUGUAACUGACAAUACAACAAAAAGGACCACGACAUCAGCAGACCAGCAGCAGCAACAACAAUCAACUAUAGCAACAACAACAACAACAACAACAACGGCAGCAACAACAACAACAACAAACACAAACGAUGCCAGCGGCCGUUCAGCUGCCUUGGAACGUGCCUAUGUUCAUGAUGUCUAUGAGCAUUGUGAAGAGCCAACGGGACCAGUGCGUCCACGCGUGGCUCAAUUUCUUGGUAACUUAGAGCCCGGCUCAGUGGUCUGCGAUGUCGGUUGCGGCAGUGGGCGUUAUCUUACUCAAUGCAAUCCGGCCAUUUGCACCAUCGGUGUGGAUCGUUGCUAUCGACUGAGUAAAGUUGCCCAUGAAAAGGGCGGUGAGGUGGCGUUGUGCGACAAUCUGGAGUUGCCUUUCCGCGAUGAUAGCUUCGAUGCGGUGCUCUCGUUGGCUGUGGUGCACCAUUUCGCCACCACCGAGCGUCGAGUGCGUGCCCUUAGGGAGCUGGCCAGAAUAUUGCGUAUCGGUGGACGGGUAGUCAUCACUGUAUGGGCAUUGGAGCAACGACAUCGUCGGUUUGAGUCGCAGGAUGUGCUCAUACCAUGGCAACCGCCAAAAAAUCGCACUUUUACCUAUUCCGAUGAGGAUGAAGAGGAUGACUUUUUGCCACCUUAUCAUGCAUAUACGGAGGAUUCAACGAAUUCAAGUCGUUCAGCUGGUGAUGGAGAUAGUUCCAGUUUGAGUUCAUCGUCGCCUGGUGAAUCCUGCUAUAGUUUUGUUCGGCGGGCAAUACAAAAACUCGCUGGAGGACGUCGGCAUGCAUGGUUUCUAGACUCCUGGACUUCCAAGGACACCAAAAACGAUAGCAGUCUAGAUUAUGAGGAUGCCAAGGAUCUACCCAUCGAAUUGCGGCGCCUAGAGGAUUUCGAAGAUUUUCAUGAUCCACCAUUGUCGGCAGCGCUGAAAUCACGCAGUCUGGGCAGUAUUUUACAGCCGCCGCCGCGGCAAAUUGUACGUUCCCGAUCAAGUGUACCCAGUCUGGGAGGUCCUCUGCUGCCUGGAGAAAGUAAGGCCACAGCAGCCGCUGCACUUCUGCUGAAUGCACCCGAUGGACAGCUAAAUGGACGUCAUUCACCAACGACAACAGCCAGUGCCGGCAAUACUCUAAGCCGGCGGCCAAAACUCAUCAAGCAAAAGCAAUCGCUUUGUGAAGAUGAUACUCACGUGACAGCCAUGAUGUCCUCUUCCUCUAUAACGCCCGCCUUUCAAAUGCUAAGUAGCUACAAUAGUUCAAAUGGAGGAGUCACUAGCAGUCUCUAUACGCGUAGUGGAUGCUAUGCGUCCAACUUUCAUCAGCAUGCCUCCUCAGCGGCGACAGUGGCCCCACACCCAGUUCCAGCUGGAGCAAGUGCCAAUCUGCGUAAGCAGAGUUCCCUCAAUGAAGACCUGAUGGCCUGCAAUCGUCUGAGGGAAAAGGAGCGAGUCCGUAAACGCAUCCAAAAGCAAACUUCCCUCAAUGAAGCCUUUCUCUGCCGUUCGGCAAUGUUCUCCAAACGGCUGCAGGUGAUACGCGAAGGGUUAACGACAAAAAUAAAGAGUUCGACUGGAAGUCUGGAACGGGUGACCAAGACAGGAAUCAGCAAGCUAAUGCAAAACAUCAAAAAUGUUCCCCAAGCUACGUGUACUCCUCUCCAGCCGCAGGCCCAAAUGGACAAGAUGUCCACCAACAAUAAUAAUAGACAGAUUGCUGUAUCUCCGCAUCAACUUCAUCAACACCAUCACCAUCAUCAUCAUCACUUGACGCACUUGGUUCCUUCUAAUGCCGCCGCCUCAACAACUUCGUCUGCAACCUUAACGGGUCCCGUGAGCUACUGCAGCAGCAGCUUGGAAUGCAGUUUGCCCAACGUCUGUCACUGUAGUCAAUACCAGCAGGAAUGCGCUGCCUGUGCCGACAGUGAACAGAGCCAGACCCGUCGUCAUUCCCGUGAAUCAGGAUCCGAUUCCUCAAAAGACAGCAGUCUGCAGUCGGACACCAGUAUUGAAUCCGAGGAUAGUUUCGCUUCGGUCAUUUUCAUACCCAAACCGGAACAGCAUCAACAGCAAUUGAACUAUCAGCAGCAACAUCAAAACUCUAAUUCCAGUUCGAGCAAUUCGUCAUCCAGCAAUGGUCAAGCCAAAAUGGGUGGAACUUCUACCAAUACUGCUCACAGUCCCAGGCAGCCGCCCACAAUGGGUAUGACAACAGCAGCAGGAGCUGCGGGGACAACAACAAUGAUUCACUCUGUGCCAACUUCCCCACUGAUAAUGCCCUGUCCCCCGACUCCAGCCCACUCGCCUGCCGCUACUCAGGGCACAGUGACAUCGCCACCCCAGACAAUGGCAGCAGUAAGUGCCGCCAUGGCAAUUCUGACGCCUCCCACAAAGCCGGCCCGCUUUAACUUCGAUGAGGCCCACAUCAAGCAACAGAAUCAACAGCAACUACAACAGCAGCAGCAGCAGCAGAUACACAAGAUAACACGCCAAACUAUCAGAGAUUUGCCUCCAAUCCCCAAAUUCAGGAAGCAACAAUCUUUGCCUAUGCAACGUCAAGCGUUUCCAAUAAUCAGAAGAGCAUCGGGUUCGGGAUCUUCCACGACAGCAGCAUUGGGUAGCAAAUUGCUUUCUCUAGAGCUAUUCAAUCCGGCCACCGAUGACUUGGACAGUGAUUCCAGUGAGCCCUCGUCGCCUGACUCAAUAGAUAGUGUGAUUAGUGCUCCCCGAUCGGCCCAGUUGGCAUCUGGAUCAGGAGAGAAAACGACCACGACUACGACAGCGUCAGCAGACGAAAACGAUGAUUUGGCAUCGAUGAUAAGCCGCCAACAGGAGCAAUACCAUAAAGGUGAACUGCAAAUCAACAAUGCAUCCAUAGCCCAGGACAAUGACGAUGACAUUAUCCUGAAUUCGGACAGUGCUCCGUUGUUGCCCGAAAGAAGGCAGAGUCGAGUGCAAGAUUGUGCGGAUUUCGCUGAGAAACUGUCGGCACAGUUGCAGCGGGAACUUGAGGAUAAGUGCAAUCGCAAUGAGUGCCGCAGCCUGGACGGGAUUGGGGAUCUGACAGAGUAUUUGGCAUCAUCAGCUUCCUCAUCGGCGAAGAAGCGUUCAAAUGGCGAUCUGAGUUCCUUACGAGAGGAACUGCGGGAACGACGUCUAAUGCUGGCCAAUCUAUCAACUCAACCCAGUCUACAGCAAUCACCCAUCUCCUCAUCCACCUCGUCUCUAUCGUCGCAGACGCGCAGCUUUACUAUCCAUGAAGAAGAUGGCGAAGAGGAGGAGGGAGUCGAGGAGGAAGACGAAAAUGAGCCUAGUUUUUCGCUGGGCAUCUAUGAGCAUUGCAAAAUUUCUAAAUUCAACUACAAACGUAAUCGUCAUUAUCAACUCAAUCCGGAGACGGCUUAUCUGCUCCAGGACGAUGGCGACAGCGACGUUAGAGACGAAGAAGAGGAGGAAGAAGAUGAGGUGACUGGCCUGGUUGGUCCCAUACCCGAAGAAGAAGAAGAUGCCGAAGCUCUGGAAGCUCGCGGUGGUGACCAAUUAGGUGAGGGCAUGCUUGAAUAUGGCCAACGACAGGUAAGACGGACAAUUGGUGCCAUCAAACAGGCCACGCCCUCCACCACCACCACCGCCACCGCCAGCACCCCAACAACAACAGCCGUCUCCCCCUCUACGGGAGGGAAUCCAACACAAACGAUGAUGCAGCAGCGCCAACAGCCACCCACAUCCACUGACUCGCUUGAGCAUUCGAAUAGCUCUACCAACUCACUGGACAGUCCUUCCCAAGGUGGUGCCAGCACUCAUCAUCGCUACUAUCAUGUCUUUCGCGAGGGUGAGCUGGACGCCCUAAUUAACCAUCAUGUGUCCAGUCUGCACAUUGUUAGCUCCUAUUACGAGCGAGCCAGCUGGUGUGUGGUGGCCGAAAAGGUUCAAGUGUGGACCAUCUAAAAGAAAAGAAACCAAAAAAGAAAAAUAAAACACCCAAACCCCCAACUCAACCCCCAAAGGAAUUGUUAAAUUUUAGUCUCAUAUAAGUAGGGGAAUAUUCCCCCUCAAAUAAAUUAAAUAAUUAAAAUAAAUUCAAGAAAUUCAAUUUCAAGAGAUAAACUCACAUUUAGACAUAAGACUCAAUCGAAUAGUAAACAACGCAAACUAAAUUAUACAAAUUAUGCUAUUAACUUACAAAUGUAAACUGAUCUAAUGACAACGAUUUUUGGUUUCUCUAUUUUCCUCAUCAU